AAAGGAUAAAUUAUUUUAUGGUGAGAUAAGGUUUCCUCGUGAAAGUCUCCAGACAUGCAGUUAACCGGUUACGUAAUUUUUUUGACUCUGUGUGGUUUUACAAUAGCUACGAAACCUUUUUACGAUGUAUAUGAAGCUCCAAAAUUAUUCGAAAAAUUUAUGGCUGAUUAUGAUAAACAUUACAAAGAUCAAAUCGAUACAGCAAAUCACUACAACGCCUUUCUAGCAAGUUUGGUAACCAUCAACAAAGGUAAUCGAGACUCGCCCUUAACAACAUACGAUAUUAAUCAUUUGGCCGACUAUACUCCCGAGGAGAUUGAUUCCACACUGAAUGGCCUGAAGCACAAUUAAAUAUUCUACCGAAGAAGUUACUUCUAUCAAAGCAGACAUAAUACAAAUACAUCUAUAUAAUUCCUAUCACUUUUUUAGACAAAGGCUUACUAAGAAUCUCUAAUAAAUUUGAUCGUUUCCGAAACCGCUAAGAUCAAGACUAAGCAUAAUUCAAAAUACUAUUCCUUUUUUAUUAAUCUUCUUGUCAGUAUCAAUAAAACAGACAUUAUUGAUAAUA